AUGAUAGACCAUGUUUUGGGGAGGCCUUCGACCCGCUUCCGCAAGAUCCAAGUAUUUGCAGUGGUUUCCUUCUGGUCGGUUUACUUAUUAAGAGCAGAUAGACAUGGCCCGCCGUUUAUUCGAUCGCUCUCAGCCCGCCUCACAGGAAAGUUGACAGCAUGGCAGACAACAGUGAUCAUAUUCCUCUGGCUCUACCUCAGCCGGAACUUCGCCAAGAUUGUCGGGCUAGAAUGUCCUGAACCAUUGGCAAACAUGUACUCGCGGUCCUUCUUCCGAGCAACAUGGAUAACCACUGGUUUGGAUGCUGGGUUUUGGACCGCGAUGAACAUAAAGUCAAAAUGGCUCCGAGAUAUAGCCUCACUAGUAUUCACAGCCUACUACCUAAUCGCUGCUGAACAAGCCGAUGAGAAGGUUCGCCGGGUCCGUGCUACCCUGACAUUGGAGCACCUGCGCGUGUCUUGGAAUAAACCCACCACCCCUUACCUGUGGUCAUUGGCAAAACUGCUACGGCCGCGAAUGACUCAGUUCCCGGCUCGGGCAAUUCGAAUUCCUCGCCCGGCACAGUCUGUGUACACCGACCCAGUGAAUGCAUGGCUUUAUUUCGAUGGUCCGUUGAGUGCGCUCCGAGAUCAGAGUCUCAUUGUGCUGGAUGUACCUGGUGGUGGGUUUGUGGCUAUGAGUCCCAGAAACUCAGAGGACAAGCUAUUGUCUUGGGCGGGACGGCUCAAGGUUCCCGUUCUGAGUAUCGAUUAUAAGAAGGCACCGGAAUUCGCAUACCCGUAUGCGCUGCAUGAAUGCUACGAUGUCUACCAUAGCAUCAUUGCCACGAACGGUCGUUGUGUGGGUCUGAGUGGUAGGGCUCGUCCUAGGAUCCUUGUCACUGGCGAGAGCGCCGGUGGCAACCUGGCAGUGGGCAUGACCUUGAUGGUGUUGCAGUCUGCGAUGGCUCAGGGCUGGCGUGGGGAUGAUGUGCUUCCGGCCCCGGAUGGUGUGGUUUUGGGAUACCCUGCGUUGAAUAUGAAGGUUGAGAGCUGGAUGAGCGAUGAGCAGAUGUCAUUGAUCCAGGAGAAGAGCACCCGUCAGACAAACCGCGGUGUUCUGCAACGGAAACAGGAUGAAUACCGUAAACUCACACCAUUCACAUCGCCAGGUCGUUCGGUCGAAGAUCUAACUGCUAUCUCACCACCGGAGAAGGCAAAGGAUAACAAAGAAGCCAAUGUGGCCACUGAAGCGGCCAGAGCACUGGAAAAGAAACUCCAAAAGAGCGAGGACCUAGCCCCGAAGCCUGCCGUUAAAGCAGAAGAUGAAGUCAAACCAAUAAAGACCAGACUAGCCGUCUCGUCCAUGAUUACCUAUGUUCACGACCGCAUUCUCACACCUGAGAUGACACGUGCGAUGAUCAUUCUCUAUAUUGGACCCCACCAUCGCCCUGACUUCAACACCGAUUUCCUCCUGUCUCCCGUCCUGGCUCCAGAUGCUUUACUUGCCCGCUUCCCGAAAACAUAUAUCAUGACCGGAGAGCGAGAUCCUCUAGUCGAUGACACGGUGAUAUUUGCAGGCAGACUGCGUCAAGCAAAGCUGCAUCACUUCCGUGAGCGCCAGGACCUAGGGUUGGAGAGGGCCAAUCGCCCCUUCAACGAGCGAAACUACGUCGAGAUCUCCCUGAUCCCCGGUAUUUCACACGGCUUCAUGCAGAUGGCUGGCUUCUUCCCCGACGCGUGGAAGUAUAUCCAUCGCAGUGCGGACUGGCUAGAAAGCCUGUUCCAAAUUAUCAAGACUAACAACUUCGAGGCGGAUUUACUUGAUCCUGACCGGGAUGCGAGUAUUUUGAAUGCCAGUACUUCCCUCAAAUCAAACGCCCCAAAAAGCGGACGUAACCACCGUCGCAAGUUCACUGGCGAGUCUUCGGGUGAUGACGACAGACCAUUAGAGAUGAGCAUGAGCAAGACCACGCUUGCUAGUGGCGAGGAUGCAUUUGCAUCAAAGCCUGAACACCGCACUCGUCGGAGGAGAUCACGUUCCUCUUUCGCUUCCUCGCGGAUUACAGGGUUUACAUCGCUAGGAGAUGACCGCAACGCCAAGGAGGAUUUCAUCGCUAAGCUCCGAUGCUUGGAAAGAGCGGGUCGUUCUGACCCUUUCGAUCCGGACGAGACAAAUAGUGCACCUGAAAGUCCGAGUAUAGUUCGUCCGAGAAGACGGAGCAUCGCUUCCCUUGAUAGUGAAGAGGAUUUGCUGGAUCGUCGCAUGAACGGGCUCGCUGGUGGGUUGAUGGGGAUCGGGGAAGGGGCACAGACUCCCGGGCUGUGA